AUAGUUGAGAAAGCAAAGGUAGAAGAGUAGAGACUUGAGGAUACAUCGUUAGACAUUCUAAACUUUUACUCCAGCAUCCCAUAUCUUAGCUUCAAUCCACUUUUCCAUUAUCCACCCCCCUCCACUCUAUCUGUUCAAUGUGCGUACGGAGUAUACAUAUCAAAUUGCCCCCCCUCUCGUCCAUACUCUCAUCUCGUCUCGUCUCGUCUCGUCUCGUCUCAACAAUCAAAGAUCGAAAUACCUUCCUCAUUCAAAAGUAAAGCAAUUGGAAAUUCAGAAAGACUUCAAACCUUUCUUCCAAGUUACAUAUACUUCUUGCCUCUACUUCAACAUCUAUAUCUCUAUCUAUAUCUCUACUUCUACCUUCUACCUCUUACCAAUCAUCUACUUCAAGUCUUAUCUAUAUUUUAAACUUCUCACCCACCUUCAAUCCUCUACCCUCCUGUACAACGAGGUACAACAUCGACAUAUACGACCAUCCUAUCCUAUCGUAUCCUUCUUAUCUAUCUUACUUGUUUAAGAUAUCGGAUUCGAAGAGUUUAGUUCCCCAAGUUCCAUUGUGUAGGAAAUUAGCAAAGCUUCACAAGGAUCCUUGGAAGAAGAUUGGAUUGCAUUUGCAUAUACAGUUGCAUUGUUAUCUCUCACAUCCAUCGACUCAUAAAGAACCCAUUGGUCGAAGCGAGAAUUAUCAAUCAUCCAAUCCAAUCCACCCGCCACAAUACUACAACGCUACCCAAGGAUUAAAUAAAACCGAAUUCCUACUACUUACCAAUUCAUUCUACACGAUAUUCGAUUAUUUUCCCCUUCUCUCUACCAGACUCCCGAAGUCAUACAGUUAUAAUAACAUACAUCAUAAUAAAUAAUCAUUCAUUCACAUAUUACAUUCAUAUUCUAUUGAUCAAUCAUCAAUAGAAUAUCCUUGUGGUUAUUAAUCAUCCAAACAUCAUUUCUCAAUACUCGAAUUUGGAAGUUGGUUCGAUAAGAACUUUCCGAAGAAGGCUCUGUAAUAAUAGUAAGGCCUACGAUAACCGCAUCGUCAACCUACUUUCUUCUAUCCUUAGAAGGCGUACAAUAACAUCGCCGCCGUUCGGUCACUGUUACCUUGGGUCGCUUUCACCGAUAAGAGCCAAAAAAGCAACAUCUUAUCAAUUCAUCCCGCCCUUUUCUCUUCUUCACCAAUCCUUAACUCUCAUAUCAGAAAGUGAGAGUGAAAUUCCAUGUUCUUCGAAACAAACCGACAGACUUCCUACCCUCCUCCUACUACCACUUACGACUUCACAUCAGAAAAAUCCAGAGUGAUGUCUGCAGAUUUCGCAAUGCCGGUUCAACAAUUCACGGCUUCCCCUUCUCAAUAUACUCUCUACAACAGUCAACAAAUCUCUCCGACAAAUACCACUCCGCCAACUCCAAAUAAUGCCUCUCCCACUUCACCAAGAAAUGGACUUCCAAAUUAUUUACCAGCGCACACUAGACAGUUGCGACCGCCCAAGUCACCAUUGUAUGUGCCAGCGGUUUUGAGACCAACAGAUCCACCCAGGAGAAUGAUGAAGCCAUCACCACUUACUCCACCACAAAGUAUGCAUAGCAGCUUUGAUGACUUGGAGAGCGCAACGACAUUGACUAGAAGAUCGACUGGAGAUAGUGGAAAAUUUGGAUUGGGCGCAAUAACUGAAUCUGAAUGGAGUGUCGAGGGCCUUGAAAAGGUAACCGCAUUGCCAACAAGAAAUCACUGGAAGCCUGAUGCCGAAUCCUCCAUCUGCGAUGAGACUACUUGCACAAAAUACUUCACCUACUUCACAAGACGCCAUCAUUGUCGGCGCUGUGGAAACAUUUUCUGCGAUCAACACUCUGGUUAUUCAAUUCCUCUUGAUCAAGAUGCCAACUACCACCCAAAGGGCACUCAAAGCCGUUCAUGCGAACACUGCUGGCACGAGUAUAGAAGCUGGUCCAUUGCACGAUCCAGUCGUUCCAACAGCGAAAGCUCUCAAGACGAACCAAGAACUCCCACUACCCCAGUCGUCAAUUGUGCCAGAGGUAGAGUUGUCGAUAACCUCAUUGGCCAACAAUUGAAAGGUCCACCCGAGAGUCUCCCAGCAAGUGUCCCAAGAGAUUGGCACUGGAGUACCUUCUAGAUGAAUUCCGGAACAUCACAUAUACACUUGGACGUUUACGAAUUCUACGAAUUCCCUUCUUUUUUGAUACCACAAUUACGAUAAGAAACGGCCUACUUGAGAGAAAGACGUACGAAUACACACAUAAUUUUCAACCAAUAUUGGCAGGCAUGUCUUCAACAAUUUAAAACCUGCUGCGAGUCGAACUUAGCGUUGCUAUUACCUGCUUUCUUCGCGUUGAAUACCCAAAGAUCCAGCUUACUUUCCAAUCGGCUUUGAACUAGACCUUUGUGCCAGAGCAGUAUACUACUGCUUGUUUAUCUUUUGAUUUUUUGAUGGGGGGGUUGUUUUCGGCACAGAUCUUCAUACAUAUUACAUUUCAGACUAAUUGUCUUUUUUGCUUUUUUUUGCGUUUGCAGUUGCUUUAGCGUGGGGUUUUUUGGUUGAUGCAAUAAAAUGGGACGCGUAUAUAUCAUUUAGACUUUGAUAUUGGCGAAUGAUCGAAGAUUGGGUGUUUGAUGGAAUGAAUCCAUUAUUUUAAUGGAUGGCGUAUUGGGAAUGAUAUGAUCACGGUCAUGGACUUAUGGGAAUGGGAUCGAUGGUUGAAGAUCGAAGAACGGAAAUAUUACAGGUUUGAUGGAAUGGGAUGGAUGGGGUGUUUUGAAAUGAUGAGAGAAGAUGAGAGAAAUAUAAGGAUUGAAUUACUGGCCAUAUGGUUCUUGUCGUAGGGUUAGAUUAGAUAUCAUGGCUUUGCUACAAUGAAAGUUUCAAGAUUCAAAGAUUACA